AGGAAGACAGUCAACAUGCUCAUGUCCUUCUGUGGAGCGCUGCAUGUCUGCUUCGUCACCCCGUCCUUCCCCAUAGAGACGGCCAACCAGUUCGUCAUCCAGCUGAGGCCUGAGCUCCAGGACGCUCUGGUGGGAGUGAUCGACCACUAUGGAUGGACCAAGUUUGUCUACAUGUACAGUUCUGACUCAGGCCUGUCUGUGCUGCAGAAGGUUCUGGACACAGCAGCGGAGAGGAACUGGCUGGUGACCUCGGUCAACGUGGAGACCAUGACGGAGGCCUCGUUCCUGAAAGUGUUCCAGGAUUUGGACAAGAGGAAGGAGGGCCAGAUUAUCAUCGACUGUGAGACUGAGAGGCUCACUGGCAUCCUCAAAAAGAUUGUUGAACAAGGCAAGAAUGCAAAGAGCUACCACUACAUUCUGGCUAACCUGGGUUUUCUGGACAUUGACCUGACAGACCUGAGGAAAGGAGGGGCAAACAUCACCGGCUUCCAGCUCGUCAACAACUCUGAGCCCAGCGUCAGCCGUGUCGUCCAGCAGUGGCUGGAGUUUGACAACAAAGACUCCAAAAUGCCCAAGAGUGGACUCAAAUACACAGGCGCUCUAACAUAUGAUGGGGUGAAAGUCAUGUCCACGGCCUUCCAGAAUUUAAGGAGACAGCGGAUAGACAUCUCUCGCAGGGGAAACGCUGGAGAGUGUCUUGCCAACCCACCAGCUCCCUGGGGACAGGGCAUAGACAUCCAGAGAGCCUUGCAGCAGGUCCGUAUAGAUGGAUUGACUGGUCAUAUUCAGUUCAACGAGAAGGGCCGUAGAACCAACUACACUGUCAGCGUCAUGGAACUGGCCCCCUCUGGACCCAAGAAGGUUGGCUAUUGGAACGAAGAUGAAAAGUAUGUGACGACCGCCAGCUUCAUGAGAGGCAGCAACGAGACUUACGGCCUGCAGAACAGAACUUACAUAGUCACCACUAUCUUGGAGUCUCCAUAUGUGAUGCUGAAGAAGAACCACGAUCAGCUUGUGGGAAAUGAUAAGUACGAGGGCUACAUUGUCGAGCUGGCUGCAGAGAUAGCCAAACAUGUGGGCUACCAGUACAAACUGAAGAUUGUUUCGGAUGGCAAAUAUGGGGCCAGAGACCCUGAAACCAAGAUGUGGAACGGCAUGGUGGGAGAACUGGUGUAUGGGAAAGCAGAUGUGGCUGUGGCUCCUCUGACCAUCACCCUGGUCCGUGAAGAAGUCAUCGACUUCUCCAAGCCCUUCAUGUCCCUGGGUAUCUCCAUUAUGAUCAAGAAACCCACCAAAUCCAAACCAGGCGUGUUUUCAUUCCUGGACCCGCUGGCUUACGAGAUCUGGAUGUGCAUUGUGUUUGCCUACAUUGGCGUCAGCGUCGUCCUGUUCCUUGUGAGUCGCUUCAGCCCCUAUGAGUGGCACGCUGAGGACUACGAGGAGGGAGCGCAGCAGAACACCAACCAGCAGAGUCCUGAGCAGACCAAUGAGUUUGGCAUCUUCAACUCCCUUUGGUUCUCACUGGGGGCCUUCAUGCAGCAGGGCUGUGACAUCUCACCACGCUCUCUGUCUGGCCGCAUCGUUGGAGGCGUCUGGUGGUUCUUCACCCUCAUCAUCAUCUCUUCCUACACUGCCAACUUGGCUGCCUUCCUGACAGUGGAGAGGAUGGUGUCUCCUAUAGAGAGUGCUGAGGAUUUGGCCAAGCAGACAGAGAUCGCCUAUGGAACGCUGGAUGCCGGCUCCACCAAAGAAUUCUUCCGGAGGUCUAAGAUCGCUGUAUUUGAGAAGAUGUGGUCCUACAUGAAGGCAGCUGACCCGUCCGUGUUUGUCAAGACCACAGACGAGGGCGUAAUGAGAGUCAGGAAGUCCAAGGGCAAGUAUGCCUACCUGCUGGAGUCCACAAUGAAUGAGUACAUAGAGCAGAGGAAACCGUGCGAUACUAUGAAGGUGGGAGGAAACCUGGACUCUAAAGGUUAUGGCAUCGCCACACCCAAGAGCUCCCCUCUCAGAAUCCCAGUAAACCUAGCGGUGUUGAAACUCAAUGAGCAAGCCGUCUUAGACAAACUGAAAAACAAAUGGUGGUACGAUAAAGGGGAGUGUGGCAGCAAGGACUCCGGAAGAAAGGACAAGACGAGCGCUCUGAGCCUGAGCAAUGUGGCGGGAGUCUUCUACAUCCUGAUCGGCGGCCUGGGCCUGGCCAUGCUGGUGGCGCUGGUGGAGUUCUGCUACAAGUCCAGGACCGAGUCGCGCCGAAUGAAGGGCUUCCUGUUUGUUUGGUCCUUACAGCAAUCCAUCAACGACGCCAUGCGCUGCUCCACCCUGACCAGGAUGAGUGGCAACGGGAGCGGCGGAGAGAACGGACGAAUCCUCACCCACGACUUCCCCAAGACCGUUCAGACGCUGCCCUGUAUGAGCCACACCGCCAGCAUGGGACUGGGUGCCUCCGGCAUGUAAUCAUCACGUGGCUGUGCUGGCGGCGAGGAAUAGGCAGGGUGGGGCAGAAGAGGAGCACAAGACUCUAAAGACCUCAAAAAUCAUGGCUGUCCGGUUUGACCCAUCUAUUCUUCUGGCUGUCAA